AUGUAUUUCGUAAUAAUCAGGAUUGAAACUCUACUGAGCAAACAAGAAUUCAUUCCUGAUUGGACUGGAAAACAAACAGUACUGGACAACAUGAGUUCAUUGCAGUCUCUUCCAAUUAGUGCACCUCAAGUGGCCACAAGCCACUUCAGUCUUGUAAAUCUGCUUGGUGAAGGAACACUUGUUAUUAUUUAUAGAUCAAACAUACAUCAUGGACAGAUUCUGGCUGUUAAGAGUACUGUAGCCCUCUCCAUAACUGAUGAAGAACAAUUUAUGGAAGUGACGCGAAUCACAUCCCCUUUGAAACACUCUAAUAUCGUUGCACUUAUUAGCUAUUUUGUGGGGCAUGGAAACCACCUCCUUGUGUAUGAGUACAUACGGACUGUGACACUUGAUGAUGUCCUGCACAAUGUAUUGUGCAUGCCUCUGACUUGGAGCCUCCGAAUCUGCAUUGCUCGGGCAUUGAAACAAGCUUCCGCAGACAGUGGAAAUUAUGUGCCUGAGCAUGUCAAACAGGGAAGUGACAAUCCAAAGGCUGAUAUCUCUUCAUUUGGUGUGCUGCUUGUUGAGAUUUUAACUGAAAGGCAGCCUUUUGGCAGUUCAAAACCAAAAGGAAAGCAGUCACUGGUGGUGUGGGCUUCUUUCAAGCUUCAUGACAGUGAGUCUUUGUUGGAUAUGGCUGAUCCAAUCAUAAGGAGAACAAGUUCCACUGGGGUUUCUUCAUCUUCUGAAGGUACUAUCUCCCAAGGUGCAAAAACAGAGAAAGAAGAGGACAAGAAGGAGGAAGAAGGAGAGGAGAUACAAGAGGAAGAAGAAGAAGAAGAGGAGGAUAUAGAAGGAGAGAUAAAGGAGGAGAAAGAGGAAGAGAUACAGCUGGAGGAGAAAGAAAAAGAAGAACAACAAUCACUGCAGAUUGAAGUUGAAAACAAUGCUGGUGAUGCAGGAAGGGAAGAGGGGGGAGAGGAAGAACAACAACAAGCACUGCAGAUUGAAGUUGACAACAAUGCUGGUGAUGCAGGAAGGGAAGAAGAGCGACCACAUUGGCUUCGUAGAAAUUUUUCCCUAAUAGCUAUUGCUGCUUUCGGGAUAUAA